AUGCUUUAUGGUAUUGCGCUCUCAAUGUCAAAGGGAUAUCACAAUUCACGUAUACGAUACAAUCUUCUUAAUAAACCUUAUGAGAUGAAUCCAAUACUUGAAGUUGAUGAUGAUAUCUUCGACGACAUAAGAGUUCUUGCUAUUGACGCUCAAAUUUUCAGCCUUCAGUAUCUUUGUGCCGUGCUCCAUAAGUGCAACUACAAAGUUAAAACAACACCAUCUGCCGCUGAAGCUCUAGAAUUAUUGAGAGCAAACAAACGUGGGUUUGACAUUGUGCUUGUUGAUGUUGAUGGUGGUAACUUGAAUGGUUAUAAGCUUCUGGAGACUAUAGGACUUGAAAUGUACUUACCGGUGAUAAUGGUGACUGGAGAUGGCAGUCUAGAAAACAUAAGGAAGGGUCUAAUUUAUGGGGCUGUAGAUUAUAUGAUAAAACCCAUUGGAGUGCAGGAAAUCAAGAAUACUAUUCAGCGCUGUGUUACUCUUAAUAAAAUAAGGGAUUCUGAACAAUCAAGCGACUGGCAAGAAACAUCGAACGACCAAAAACUAAAGCCUUUGGAACAUUCCAAUGCUAAAGUCAAAAUUCAAUCGGAUGGUGCCUCUUCUAGUAGUUGGAAAAAAAAGCGGUUAUCAUGGACCCCGGAGCUUGACGCUAAGUUUGUAAAAGCUGUUCAGAGACUGGAAAAAUGUUCAAUGGUGCAUCCGAAGAAGAUACUUGACAUUAUGAAUGAACCAGGACUCACUCGGGAGAAUAUUGCUAGUCAUCUGCAGAAAUAUAGGAUUUCGUUGAAAAAGCGGAAAGCUAAAACGAACCAACAAGGUUUUGAAUUAGAAAGAGUUAUCCGAUCUUCAUCCACUAGUAGAAGUACUAACCGAAGAAAAUGGGAAGUUGGCGACGUUAAUGCUGAUCAUCUAGCUGUUCCAAAGUUAAUCGGUCUCACUCCUUCGAGGACAUGA